AAGUGGGGUGUGGGUUUCAUCAUUGGGUUGUUAUCCGUGCUCCUGAGCGUAUCGCUUGGUGUGUUUCUAGUCGGUUUGGUUAUCUUCCUUGUCCCGCUACAACUGUCGAUCGCAUCCGUCGUCGGAGCCAUCAGUUUUAUGUCAUUCGCCGCGUACUUUGUCACCAACCUCCUUCCGAUUUGGUACCCUUCGUGUUCGUACAAGACACCACUGUCGCAAUAUGCCUUCCUCCUCUAUACGUACCUCACCCGUCAUCCCUUCUUCGUAUCUGCGAUCUCCAGGCUUUGGGUACCACCGUCUCCUGUUCAGACGGACGAGUCUCAGGAUGAGCUGCCGGAGUCGUCUUCCAUCAGAACACUCCGAGACGCUGAACGUGCGGCUGUGGAGGUCAGUGCGGAUGAAAUGGACGUACACGCAUUGGCCUGGCUCUUCAACAUGUCCACCAACCCCAGCGUACAGAGCAUCGUCGUACAAUCAGCCAGUGCCCUACCACUCCCGUCCAUAGAGCCUCUAAAGCAACGCGCAAAAGGUAUUUCGGACAUGUGCGAGACCCUCAUCUGGCAGAUGGGCCGUCAUCCUUGGCCGGAAGGCAUCGCUGAUCGCUUUGCUCGUGCAAGCCUUCGUCUUGUCUUGGAUGGUGAACGACGCGGGCUGGCCUGGACUCUCCUAGACGCAGAAGCGGGACACGAACACUGGCCCCAGGAUGUCUAUGCAGAGGUUUCUAGCUUGAAAGCCGAGGUCAGAAUAUCACCAGAGCGGCUUGCUCUGCAGCCCAUUGUAUGGGGACACCUGCUCCGGAGACUCGUAUCCUCUGAUCCCGAAGAUAGCCUGAUACAGCCUUUAUUUCAUGCCAUUCCCUCGUGCUAUUGGCAAGCCGACUAUGUCCCCCCACCUCUCUUCUCGGCAAAAAACGGAUUGAAGAUUUGUUUGCCCUCUCAUUUAAGAGAUGGUGCAGUAUCUCUUCUGUCGGCUAUUGAUUCUUAUCUGUAUCCCUAUGUCGCCAAUGCCAUUUACCAGCGUUUCAGAGGUGCUACCGACGUUGUUGAUCCCACCGAUGAAUUCCCCCCACCUCCAGAUCCACGAUUAUACAUGCUGUUGACGAUGGCCGCCUCGCGUUCUGUCCAAAGGGUAGCCAUCACUUAUCCUUCGGAUAGCCUUUUCAUCAUGGUUAUUCGACACAUCGGAAUGUACAUGGGCGUCGGUUCAUUACGGUUGUAUAACGACCCUGUAUUGGGUGGCAAUAUCCCUUCUUUCGAACUGGAUCGCAAUCGGCACGCGGUAUUGAAGGUCCUGUAUUCGUUAGUUUCCUCCGACGAAUUUGGUGACGCCUGGAUGCGAAGCAAAGAUCAGUAUAUCGCAUUGCUGCUCUUUCUUCAAACGCUCGGAUCCACGUCCCGCCUCCCUCAGUUUCUUCUGGAAGACUGGUACUCCCUUGCCCAUGAUGCUUCAGCCGAACUUCAACUCAUUCUCUAUUUCUUCCAGUUCGCUCCCGUCGUAAAUGAAGUCUUUGUUUAUGUUGUUUCAGAGCCGUUGAGACUCAUACUACGAAGAUGGGAACGGUCCCGUGUAUCACUGCAAACAGUCUUGGAUGCCUUCAUCACUGUUCUCAAAUCUGACGCAUUGGACCAUGGGAUCUUUCAUUGGGCCAGGACAUACCUCUUCCAGCCUCCGAACCUCCUCGCCUAUUUGAAGGAUGUGGAUUCUGUUCCCGAGGACUUUGAACAGCCGAAUUUCACAAAGGACCAUGCGAGUACCAUCGAGGAGUCUAGGGGAUUUGUUGAUGGAGGUUGUGUGGGAGACUAUGGACUUAGUCCUGAGCCCGGGCCAACUGUGCUGUGGCAAGUCUCGCCACUUACAAUUGAAGCUCAAGCUCUGGAUGAAGAUCAGCCGACUGUAAUGCAUGAAGGAUUCGUGUCUCCAUGUACGCAAACUUCUAUCCCUUUGCCUCGUUAGGCAGCCUAACUUUGUAUACCCUGAUCUCAUCAGUG